UUAGCAGUGGGUUUAUUAUUCUUCUCUUAUUGCAUAUUAAAAAAAAAACAUACACUUUUACAUAGGCAUUCACUCACAUUUGAAGAUGCAAGAUGAAGAAACAUACAUGACUUUGAAUAUACAGUUGAAGAAAAGGAGUUCUAUCCAAACAUUUCAAUUUAAAUGUCAAGACUGUUCUGUGAUGUCACACCGAUAUAAAACCUUGUUGGGGAUAUCUGGAGGACUAAAUGGUAUUCUGGUUUUGACUUUGAUCACCUUGAGUCUGUUAGGAAUGUGCUCAUCAGAAUGGCUGAAGUAUCAAGAAAAGUGCUAUUGGUUCUCUAAUGAGAUGAAAAGUUGGAAUGACAGUUAUAGAUAUUGUUUGGGGAAAAAAUCUCACCUACUAAUUAUUCAGAACCAACUUGAACUGGCUUUUAUACAGAAAACUCUAAAACAAUCAAACUACGUGUGGAUUGGGCUUAACUUUACUUCCCUGAAAAGAACAUGGACCUGGGUGGAUGAUUCUCCUUUGGAUUCAAAGAUAUUUUUCAUAAAAGGACCAGCUCAAGAAAAUAGCUGUGCUGCCAUUAAGGAAAACGGAAUUUACUCUGAAACUUGCAACAGUGUUUUCAAAUGGAUUUGCCAAUAUUAAAAUUUUUAAAGUGACAGUGAAUUAUCAAGGAUCAAAGUUUUGAUCUAACAUGAAUCUUCAGGAAUAAGAAUUUAAAAUUGCAAUUAAACACCAGCCUGGCUUCUCUAUUUCCCUCAGUCAUGUUCAUCUGUCCUAGUCACAGAGUAACUCAUGUUAACAAUCUAAAAUAUACCCUCUGAUUCUUUGUGUGAUAAUAUAAUCCAAAAUGAACCCAUACAUUUAUAUUCAUGAUGUAGUUCACCUUUUCUUUUACAACAAAUGUGAACAAAUUA